UUACCAUCGGGACCUCGUGCUGCGGUGCUGCAACUUGUUCGGCAGUGUGUAGUGCUUGUGGAAAGUUCCAAAACAGUAUGGCUACGAGAAUCGCCUACGCCUUUAUUCUCUUGAUCAACUCGAUCGCUUCCUGGAUCAUGCUCACGCCAUGGGCACUCAAUAAGCUUCAACAUCUGACUAUGGACUAUAUGACGAUCCGAUGUGAUGGGAAGGAAUGCCAUGGUUGGGUAGCUGUCAAUCGUAUCAACUUCGGGCUCGGUCUUUUCCAUUUGAUUCUUGCCCUCUUGCUUCUUGGCGUUAAGACAUCCAAAGAUAGCCGAGCAGCUCUCCAGAAUGGUUUCUGGGGCCCGAAGGUUGUGCUAUGGCUCGCUUUUGUGGUAAUUUCGUUCUUGAUUCCGGAGCCGUUCUUUUUCGUUUAUGGCAACUACAUUGCCUUCUUCUGUGCUAUGCUCUUCCUGCUCUUGGGCCUUAUCCUUCUGGUUGACCUUGCGCACACCUGGGCCGAAGUAUGCCUUCAAAAGAUUGAGGAUAGUGAUUCUCGAUUGUGGCGUGGGUUGCUUAUUGGCUCAACCCUUGGGAUGUACAUUGCAUCCCUCGUUAUGACCGUGUUGAUGUACGUCUUCUUCGCAAAGAGCGGAUGCGCCAUGAACCAGGCAGCUAUCACUAUUAAUCUCGUUGUGUUCUUGAUUAUUUCCAUUAUAUCCGUUCAACCGGUCGUUCAAGAGUCCAACCCCAGAGCUGGCUUGGCGCAAGCAGCCAUGGUCACAGUUUAUUGCACGUACCUUACCAUGUCGGCCGUCUCUAUGGAGCCAGAUGACCAUCAGUGCAACCCUCUGCUUCGUGCUCGGGGUACCAGAACCGCCAGUAUCGUUCUGGGUGCGAUUGUCACGAUGGCUACCAUUGCAUACACAACAACUCGUGCUGCCACUCAGGGCUUUGCUCUGGGAUCCCAGGGUGGGCACAACUACUCGCAGUUGGGGAUGGAUGACAAUGAACAUGGUCUUGUGACCCAGCAGCCAACCAGCCGCCGGGAGAUGCGUGCCGAGGCUCUUCGUUCCGCCGUUGCAAGCGGAAGCUUGCCCGCUAGUGCACUGGAUGAUGACAGCGACGAUGAAUCAGACGACUACGAUACCAAGGACGAUGAAAAGGGAUCAACCCAGUACAACUACUCGCUUUUCCACAUUAUAUUCUUCCUGGCUACGACCUGGGUUGCUACUUUGCUGACCGCCAACUUGGACCCUGAAGCUUCAAAUGCAGAUGACUUUGCUCCUGUGGGUAGGACUUACUGGGCCAGUUGGGUGAAGAUCAUCAGCGCCUGGGUCUGCUAUGCCAUUUACAUGUGGACUUUGAUUGCCCCCGUCAUCAUGCCCGGUCGGUUUGACAGCUAUUAAGGAGAUUGGGUUUCAUUAUAUUUUAUUCUAUCAUUUUUUUGACGUGGAGUUGGGCGUUGGUUAGUAGCGAUGAUGUACUCUAUCUCAUGGCCGUCAUUCGUUUGUGCA